UUCGCUCCUUUUCCCCUUCUCUUCUUCUUUCAGCGACGUCAAAAACUGACUUUUUCCUGCGGCGAACUGGUCGUGGAUUCUCGUCCGCCGUCUCGACAAACUUUGCGCGAAAUGUGAGGAAGCGACAGUUUAAAAAAGCCUCUAAGAACCGCCGCAUAAACCACGUAAUCCCCGCACGCCGACGUGUCAUUUACACUAGAAACGUAGGGAGUUUGAUUGACGACUGAACAGCCAAUAGAAAAUGAAGGAGCCUCGUUUUCUAUUGGCUGAUGUUUAUCUGGCCUCACGACGAUUUGAACCCGAAGCUCCUAAACUCUGUAACUCCACCUCUCUGCCCACUGACGCCUUAAGUUUUCAGAGCGACCUCUCCCUCAGCGAACAGGCCGCGCUGGUCAAGAGUGUGUCCGACCCAGAUGCCAAACUCUUCUACGUCCUUCCCAAAGUUUCAGAGCUAAAGAAACACUUUGAAGGUCCUCUGACAAACGACACGGACAUGAACAGGAAGGAGAGAAUCGCCCGUCGUCUGGAGGGGAUGGAGUCUGACGUUCCCCCGGCGUUGGUGCUCCCCGCUGGGCUUGUGUCCAACCGGAUGCUGGAGGAGGAUCCGCCCCGAUACACCAGAGCCUCAGACCCCUGUGAGCCCUGUGUCAUGGUGCGGCGCUACAGUCGUGACGAGGUCAGUGACCCUCGUUCACAGAAGCAGGGCCCCUCCUCAGACAGAGCCCCCCACAGUAAAGCCCCUCCGGUCGGAUCGCGGCCCGAGCCCAUGAUGGUGUACGUGGACCCGGUCACCGUCACCUCCUCCGCCCCCUCGUCCUCCGGGGGGCGCUCCGGAGACCCCGGCCUCACCUCCAAGGCUGAGAGGAUCGCUCGGUACAAAGCCGAGCGGCGCAGGCAGCUCUCAGAGAGGUACGGGAUUCUGCUGGAUCAGGAGGCGGACAUGGACUACACGCCGCGAUACCGGAGGAGAGAGACCACAGAGCAGGCUGCACCGUCCAGAAGAGAGAGGACAGAGGUGGAGGAACCGAGCGUCCCAUAUCGCUCCGGAGUGGGCCGAGUUUACAUGAGGAACCAGCCGGACGCCCACACUGCCCCCACGACCGCCCCACCACACACAACCGCCCCACCACACACAACCACCCCACCACACACGACCGGCCCACCACACACAACCGCCCCGCAACACACAACCGCCCCCUCCCAGCACCACACACCCGCACACGCCCACUCACACGCCACAGCCGCCCCAAACCAGGAGCGGGGCAGCCGGUUCUCAGAGCGCGAGAGAGCCAUGAACCAAGAGAACUACCGCAGAGGUGGGACACAGGACCGCACCGCUGUCGCCCCCAGGAGCAGGACCCAGGAAGUGCACCCCACUCACCACCAGGAGGCGCCACACAAAGAGAUGACCCCUGCUGCUGCUCCUUCUUCUUCUUCGGGUCGGGAUUACAGUAUGGCCGCCGUGCCCAGCUCGCCGCGCACUGCCCGGCGAGCGUCACUGCCCUCGGCGCGGUACGGCAUUUCCCCUGGAGACCUGUUUAUAGAGCAGCAGGCUCAGAGCAUUCUCAACAGGCAGGGCGAUCAGCCCAAAGCCGACCCCGCUCUGGACCCCGGAGCCGCAGGAGCCGAGUCGGACCGCAGCAGGAGGCCCAGACGCUACAUCACUCCCGGAGACAGCCGCAUGUCCGAGCGCUUCAGGACGCAGCCCAUCACGUCGGCAGAGAGGCUGGAGUCGGACCGGGGCAGAUUGAGUCCCGCGCAGCUGCAGGACGGAGAAGAUGAAGAGAAACUAGAUGAACGAGCCAAGAUGAGCGUGGCUGCUAAAAGAUCUCUGUUCAGGGAGCUGGAGCGCACGUCUGAGGGGGGCGUGCCCAAACCGCGCUCUCGGAACGCGGCGGUGGAUCGACGCCUCCGCAGGGUCCAGGACAGAUCUCACACACAACCGGUCACCAGCAGAGAGGUGGUCAACGCCGCCAGUGACACAGACCCCUCACAGCAGCGAGUCCCCAGCCCCUCCGCAGACCACCCCUAUAACACCAGUGCCCAGGUCUAUCCAGACUCCUCCGGGGACCCUCGUGAGCUCCAUGCCCUCCCCGAGAGGCCUGUCCUUGGGGGAAGAGGAGAGAUGGAGGUCCUGGAGCUGGGUCCAGACGAGCCGGACCUGUCCACUCUGAGUCUGUCCGAGAAAAUGGCCCUGUUCAACCGUUUGGCCGUGACGGAGCCUCCCACUGCCGACGGAGCCAGAGACACGAGACAGAGGAGAGCCAACGCCCGCUUCCAGACGCAGCCGAUCACGCACGAGGAGGUGGAGCAGCUCAAACACGGAGCAGAGGCCCGACUGGAGCCGCUGUCCGCCUCGCUGGUUCGGUCCGUCGCCGCGGUCACCUCCAAAGCUUCCGUUGCCGCGGUGACGGGAGACAGGGGCGGUUACCAUGACGACGGCUCUCAGCACCUUCUCCAUCAUUCGGUGUCCUACGUCCCAAACCAACAACUACAGCAGCAGCAACAGCAGCAGCCUCCUACCAACGUUUACCAGGAGAGGGCGCUCAAGAGUUCCAGCAUCCACCAGGAGAGGACGCCAAAGUACUUCUCCAUGAGCCCCAGCGGCGACCAGGACCCCCAGCCCACCCCCGCCGCCGCCCCCGCCGCCGCCGCCGAGGGAGGGGCCAGGGAGGAGAGCCACGAUUUACUGCAUUUUGACAGGGACCGCGAACGCCACACGCACCGACAUGACGACCCGGGUGCUGUAGCGGCGCGGAGGAGCGAACCGGCCGCUCCCAUCGUCGUCGCCCCCUCCUCCUCGGCUCCUCAGCGCCUCGCAGAUGCUCCUCUGAAGCCUCUGGUGGCUACAGUUUCUUCUCGGGCCGUUUCUCACGUGUCCAGCGGUUCUCUUCCUCUUCCUCCUCCUCCUGUUCAACACCACCAUCCGUCCUCCGCCCAACCUCCUCAGACUCUCCCCAAACCCUUCAUCCAGCAGCCGCCGCCCACUCAGCCCAAACCCGCCUCCUACCUGCCCCCUCAGGCCCCUCAGCCUCCGCCCACUUACCCCAAACCCUUCACCCACUCGCCCCAGACGCACCAGCAGCAGCAGCAGCCCCCGCUCACCUUACCCAAACCGUACCCGGGCAACACCGGGGCCAAACCGGGCGGCGUUCUGCAGACCCCGCCCAAACCCACCUCCUUCCCCCAGCCGCUCGUCAAGUCCCACGUCCUGCCCCCGGACCGGAGCGAAGACCCGAGUCCCCCCGAGCUGCUGUCCCCCGCCGAGUCAGACGCCAUGUCCAAACAGAUGUCCAUCAGGGAGAGGGUGGCGCUGCUGAAGAAGAGCGGAGAGGAGGACUGGAAAAACAGAAUCAACAAGAAACAGGAGGUGGUGAAGGUGGCCUCGGCAGAAGAUCAGCCCCAGGAGAGAGAACCCGCCCACGAGAAAAAGAAAACGGGGGAGGAGAUCGAAGCCCAGAUGACGAUCGAGGAGAGAAAACAGCUGAUCUCGACGCGAGAAGACGCCUGGAAAAGCAAAGGACGAGGAGCGGCCAACGACUCGUCUCAGUACACCGUGGCCGCGCGCAUGGUCAAGAAAGGUCUGGCCGCCUCCUCCUCCGUCAUCAGCCCCAUUCUGUCUCCUGUUUCCACCAAACUCAAGAGCAGCAGCAGCGUCACGAAGCCACAAGAAGAGAUCGAAGCCAGACCUGACAUGGAAUCAGACAAGAAACUGGACAAGCUGGAGAGUUUCUUAGGAAAAAUAAACAACAAAGUGCACCAAGAGCCCGUCUUCUCCUCCACUUUCUCUCCCACUGUUUCGCUCGUCCAAAAGGAGCAGAAAACGGGGGAGGAGAUCGAAGCCCAGAUGACGAUCGAGGAGAGAAAACAGCUGAUCUCGACGCGAGAAGACGCCUGGAAAAGCAAAGGACGAGGAGCGGCCAACGACUCGUCUCAGUACACCGUGGCCGCGCGCAUGGUCAAGAAAGGUCUGGCCGCCUCCUCCUCCGUCAUCAGCCCCAUUCUGUCUCCUGUUUCCACCAAACUCAAGAGCAGCAGCAGUGUCACGAAGCCACAUGAAGAGAUCGAAGCCAGACCAGACAUGGAAUCAGACAAGAAACUGGACAAGCUGGAGAGUUUCUUAGGAAAAAUAAACAACAAAGUGGCCGGUCUACAGGAGACCACUCUCACCGUGACGGAGAAGGCCGUGAAGGAAGUCAUGAAACUGGACGACGAAAUCUUCUCCAAAUUCUACAAACACGUGGCAGAAUUUCCCCGGAUCCCGUCGAGAAUCGAAAUCAGCGAUGAUUUUGACUCCAUCUUCGGUUGUCAAGGGCCAAAGCUGACGUCGUCCAUGGUGCAGCACAAACGCGCCGUCCGACCCUCCAGGAACGUCCAGGCGUCCAAGAACCCGCUGAAGAAGCUGGCGUCCAGAGAAGACAUCAGGCUGGAGUACACGGAGCAGAGGCUCAACGUGGGGCAGCUCGAGAGCAAGAGGAUCAAGGCCGAGAAGACGUCUAAGAGCUCUGAGUACUCGGAGGCGGCUCUGGCCGGUCUGGCCUCUAAAGAAAACUUCAGCAGUGUGAGUCUGAGGAGCGUGACGGCCUCCGAACAAACCAGUAACAACAGCGCUCUGCCGUAUAAGAGCACCAUGCUGAUGCUCGUCAAAGGGCGGCGCCACGUUCAGACCAGACUGGUGGAGCCCAGAGCCUCGUCCCUGAACAGUGGAGACUGUUUCCUGUUGGUCACUCCUGAACACUGCUUCGUCUGGAUCGGAGAGUUUUCCAACGUCAUCGAGAGAGCCAAGGCGAUGGACUUGGCCUCGUUCAUUCAGUCUCACAAGGACCUGGGCUGCAGAGCGACUCAGGUCCAGUGUCUGGAGGAGGGGGUCGUCUCUCCGGAGGCGCAGCUGUUCUGGAGCCUCCUCGGGGGCCACGCCGCCUACCAGGCGGCUGGUCCGCCGGAGGAGGACGAGCACUUUGAGUCGAACAUCGUGGAGACCAACUGUAUCUUCAGACUGGAGCAGGACAAACUGGUGCCUGAGGACGAGCAGUGGGGGAAGGUUCCACAGUGCUCCCUGCUGGCCACUAAAGAGGUGCUGGUGUUUGACUUUGGCAGUGAGGUUUACGUGUGGCACGGCAAAGAGGUGACGCUGGCUCAGAGGAAGGUGGCGUUUCAACUCGCCAAACACCUGUGGAACGGAAGCUUCGACUACAGCUGCUGCGACGUCAACCCGCUGGACCCCGGGGGCUGUAACCCGCUCAUACCCAGGAAAGGUCUGGGUCGUCCGGACUGGGCCAUUUUUGGGCGUCUGACCGAACACAACGAGACGAGUUUGUUCAAAGAGAAGUUCCUGGACUGGACCGAGCUCAAGUCUCCGACGACGAAGGAGGCGCCAGAACCUGUGCCAGAACUGAAGGAGGCUCCAGGUCGGGGCUGCAGGCCGUACGACGCCGGCCUGAUGCUGCCCGUGCUCCAGUCCUCGGUGCAGACGGUCCUGGACGGGCUGAACGUGGGCCGGGGCUACGGGCCGGUGGAGACCGAGGACCACAUGAGGACCCUGGAGAUCUCCACCGUGUCCGUGGACGUGUGGCACAUCCUGGAGUUCGACUACAGCCGCCUGCCCAGACAGAGCAUCGGCCAGUUCCACGAGGGAGACGCCUACGUGGUCAAGUGGAAGUACAUGGUCAGCACCACAGUCGGACGCAGGACAAACCCGGAGGCGCGCAGCUCGGGUCCGGGGAAGGAGAAGUGCUGCUACUUCUUCUGGCAGGGACGCCACUCCAACGUGAGCGAGAAGGGCACGUCCGCUCUGAUGACCGUGGAGCUGGACCAGGAGAGAGGAGGACAGGUCCAAGUGCAGCAGGGCAAAGAGCCGCCGUGUUUCCUCCAGUGCUUCAACGGAGGGAUGAUCGUUCACGCCGGAAAGAGAGAGGAAGAAGAGGAGAACACACAGAGCGAGUGGCGUCUGUACUGCGUGCGCGGCGAGGUGCCAGCGGAGGGCCACCUGCUGGAGGUCCCGUGUCACUGCAGCAGCCUGCGCUCCAGAGCCUCCAUGAUCCUCCUGAACAUCAACAGAGCCUGCAUGUUCCUGUGGCACGGCUGUAAGACGCAGCUCCACACCCGCAGCGUGGGCACCAGGGCGGCGCAGCGCAUCAAAGAACAGUGCCCCCUAGAGGCCGGUCUCCACAGCAGCAGUAAAGUGACGAUUCAUGAGUGUGACGAGGGGAUGGAGCCGCCUGGAUUCUGGGAGGCGCUGGGCAGGAAAGACCGUAAAGCCUACGACUGUAUGCUGCAAGACCCGGGUAAAUUUAACUUCACGCCGCGGCUCUUCCAGCUCAGCAGUUCGUCCGGAGAGUUUGUGGCGCAGGAGUUUUUCCAUCCGUCCAGAGCUCCAGACCUCAUCAGCUCUUUGCCUUUCCUGCAGGAGGAUCUGUACAACGUGCCCCAGCCCGCCCUGUUCCUGGUGGAUAACUUCCACGAGGUUUACCUGUGGCAGGGCUGGUGGCCGCCGGACUCCGAGGUCACGGGGUCGGCGCGGAUCAGGUGGGACGCGGACAGGAAGUGCGCCAUGGAAACGGUGCUCCAGUACUGCAGACAGAAGAACGAGAAGAAGCCUCAGAAGUCGUACCUGAUCCACGCGGGACUGGAGCCGCUCACCUUCACCAACAUGUUUCCGAGCUGGGAGCACCGCGAGGACGUGGCCGAGAUCACAGAGAGGGAGGCGGAGGUGUGUAACCAGAUCAUUUUGGUGGAGGACGUCCUGGCUCGUCUCUGUCAGAACUCCUUCCCUCUGUCCCAGCUCCAGAACCGACCUCUGCCCGAAGGAGUCGACCCGCUCAGGCUGGAGAUCUACCUCUCCGACCAGGACUUCCAGAGCGCGUUGGAGAUGACGAGAGAGGAAUACGAAAGUUUGCCGAGUUGGAAACAAGUGAAUCUGAAGAAAGCCAAAGGACUUUUCUGAGUUUGUGUUUAAAGUUACAGAACGUCGAAAACGAACGAAACGCGGUGGACUUUUACAGACCAGACAGGAAGCUACCGGAGACUGAACUCUGCCUUUUCUUUUCUUUUUUUUCUUUUUUUUUUUUUUCGAAAAUCACGUUUUGUCUUUUUGAGUUUCUUUUUAAACGUUACGGCGUCGCUGGAGCUUCCGUCUCCGAUCGGAAGGAAGGAAGGAGGCGAAGCUGCAGCGCCCCCCGGUGGUCGAAUGCGAGAGCGAAUGUCGUCACGAUGAUCCGGCACUUUUCUAUCGAGUGGUUUCGCCAUUUCAAAAGUUACGAGAUUUAGUUUUGAAUUGUUAAUCGCUACGGAAACGGCCCUACCUUGAAAUAACGCAUUAUCCGCGGCUUUUUAACGACUUUUCAGUGCUUAAAUCUUGUUUCAAAACUAUUUAUGUAUAUUUAUAGAAAGUAUUUUAAAUUAUUUCAGCCUUGAUGAUUGAAAACAAACGUCUGCAGGUGCGCUGAGGAGUUGAGCAGUUUAAAUGAGGCUUGAACAGUAGCUGCACUUCCGGUUUCGAAGACAAUUAUAACCUGGUUUAAAAACUCAAAAACAUAAGUUAGUUUUGCUUAAUGUACGACCUAAAAGCUGUUACAGUUUUUAAAUAAUGGCAC